CAUUUAUAACCACCCAUGCUCUAAAGUUGAGAGAGGGACUCCUACAAAACAGCAAUUUUCUCUCUUCUUAGACUUCAUCACCAAGAUUUUCAUUCCCAUCUUGUGCAACCUUUUAAUUUCCCUUCUAUACAAGUUCUAAAACUUCACUAGUAUUUUUCAAUUCAUUUGUUUGUCUUGUGCCAACCAACAAAAGAGAAAAAAAGGUACAAAAAAUUAGAACACAAUGACUGCUGCCUGUAAAAGUUUACAACAUAUAUUUGAGAAACCAUUGCCUGAAAAUCCAUCACUCAUUGAAUCCAUUUCCUCCUCAUGGAAUCAGUCUAAAUCUUUCAAAAAUAUAGAUGACUCCUCCUUUACUGAGAUUUUCGGCGAAUUACAUUUCAAAGAAAACAACUCUGUAUCCUCUUCCUCUUCCUCCUCCUCAUCUGGUUCAUCUUCAUUUUCUUCUUGCCUUCCUCUGUCCUCAUCAUCUGUUUCAUCAUCAUUUUCUUCUUCUUCGUCGUCAUUUUUCCUUGAUGCAAUUCACCAAUCUGAAAUUGAAGGGCUAGACAAUAAUAAGGACAAGUAUGAAAGAAACAAGAGCCCUAUUUCAAGUUACUCUCCAACUGUUAGCCACAAGAAUAAACAGGACAGACAUAGUGAUAGUUUUUCAUCAAGAACAUCGGAUAGCCUAUCGAUGUGCACAGAAGGACUCGGAUUCGAGAGCUCUGAUGACAUUGAGGACCUAAUGAACGAUUUGAGCAAUGAAGAUCUUCAUCAUCAACAACAACAAGAAGAACGAGAACAAGAAAAGCUGAGGAGAACGCGCAUUCCCUGCAGGCUAGAGAACCGAGUGAUUUUCAAUCAAGAUUAUAAUUUGAAGAGAUCAAGAACGAAAAAGGGGUUGUCAUUUCCGCCUCCCAUUUCUUGCAUAGGGAGAAGUGGGAAGCCAUGGGUUUGCUUCAAAUCAUUUAGGGAAGAUGGAAGGUUUAUUCUUAAAGAAAUUCGAAUUCCCACUCAGGAAUUCUUGCAUGCAUGCAGAGAAGAUGGACGUUUGAUGAUGCAUGUUAUUCAAUCAGAUGAUGAGAUUGUAGACGAAGAUGAAGAUGAAGAUGAUGAAGACGAAGUUUAUGAUGAUGAUAAGCAGAAUGUUGAAGAAGGACAUGAUGAUAAUCAUGAUGCAAAGCAUGUAUAGGAGUUGAAGAUCAUUAACACAUGCUGUUUUUGUUUCAUAGUUAAUUUUGUUCUCUUUUUUUUUUUCUUUUCUUUUCUUUUCUUUUUUGUUGAGUCUUUCUAUGUUCCAAAGUCGCAGGAAACCUGCAGGAAACCUCUGUUUUUUUUUUCUUUUCUCAGCAAAAUCUGCAAAUAAAGAGAAAUUGCCCAACAGAA